CCACUCCUACACAGAUGUUGGUCAUUGGUGUGAUUAAACAGGAAGUGUAUAUAUAAUUCCACUUCUCUGUUGCUUUGGCACAUUUAGUCAUGUUUCUUCAUUUCAGCCUAGGGGUGAUACUUAUCCUUGCUUUUGCAACAGCUGAUGAUGAAGCUAUCACAAUAAACUGUCGAAAAGACUCCGUUAGCAUCACAUGGAGGAUCAGUCCAGAACUGGCGCCAUACGCGACCAGUCUUUUCCUUGGAAAUGUUUGCAUUCGGUCAAGUAUGAAUAGCUUGCCAAAUGGAGAUUGGGAACUACAUUUUGACUAUAGGUUUAUUGACUGUAAAUUUAAGAAAAAGAUAAAAGGAAAACAUCUUAUCCAUCAAAAUGUAUUGAGCUACAAACCAGGGAAAAAAUCACAAUCGCCAGUUUAUGAGUAUUUCUUUGAAUGCGUCCAGAGAAGGCCCGAAGGGUGGAUUCCUCCAUUCUUGAACCCAGGUGCCAGUGUUUCUAAAGGACAAGGUGGCCUUGUCUUCCACAUGGCACUCCUCAAUGAACAAAUGUCAGGCACCGCAAAAUCGAACAUAAUUCAGCUGGGCUCGUUCAUGCCGAUCUGGGCAGCUGUGGAACAGAAAGCUCACCAACCGUUGCGUUUGUUCAUGGAGGAAUGUGUCGCAGCCCCAACUGCCAAGCUGCAGCCAGAACAGCAGAUUUACCCCAUCAUUGAGAACAAAGGGUGUCUUAUAGACAGUGUUAAAGGAAAUUCAAAGUUCCUUCCUCGAUACCAUUCAUCUGCACUCGUACUUUCCCUGGAGUCAUCCAUGCUUGGUGUCGGAAAGGUGUACAUCCAUUGUAAACUUGUUGCAUGGGAUCCCGAUGUCCUCAACACAAGCAAGAAAGCUUGUCAAUUUUCAAAGGAGAAUGUCGGAUGGGAGUUGUUGGAUGACCCAUCCCAGAGUGACCUGUGUAGCUGCUGUGAUGAGUCCUGCAAAUCUCUGCACAAAAGAGCUGCACAAGAUUCCCAGGGGCUGAGUCAUGUUUCUGUUUUGGGGCCUUUGGUCAUCGUGGAUAUGUCGGACAGCGGCAUGCUGACAGCCUAAUUAGGAACUGGAGUCCUUUUCAUUAGCGAUGAGCCUGUCAUAAACACUCAUAAAUGUUGGUUGUGGAGGAAAAUAAAAUGCUGUUGGACUCAA